AUGGUGAAACCCUCCCGAGCAAAGGACUCGUCCGAUGAUUACUUGUCCGAUUCCUCCUCGGAGGAAGAGGUUGUCAAAGAUCUGGCGGUUGACGAGGAGGUGGACGAGGAAGAGCUCGAAGCCGUAGCUCGGACGGCCGACGAUUCUGAUGUAGAAGGUGAUGACGACGAAGCACCCAAUGUUGAAGAAGAUGAAGACAAUGAGGAAGACAAUGCUGUUGCAAAUGAAAUCUCAAAGCGUGAAAAGGCAAGGCUUAAGGACAUGCAGAGGAUGAAGAAACAUAAAAUACAAGAAAUACUAGAUGCCCAGAAUGCUGCUAUAGAUGCUGACAUGAACAACAAAGGAAAGGGUCGAUUGAACUAUCUCUUGCAGCAAACAGAGUUAUUUGCACAUUUUGCUAAGGGUGAUCACUCUGUCUCUCAGAAGAAGGUUAAAGGAAAGGGUCGCCAUGCAUCUAAGCUAACUGAAGAGGAAGAAGAUGAGGAGUGUCUGAAGGAGGAAGAGGAUGGUCUUUCGGCCACUGGAAAUACGAGGCUAGUGGCGCAACCUUCUUGUAUUCAAGGAAAGAUGAGGGAUUAUCAGCUUGCUGGUUUAAAUUGGAUGAUACGGUUAUAUGAGAAUGGCAUUAAUGGGAUUCUGGCUGAUGAAAUGGGGCUGGGUAAAACUUUGCAAACCAUCUCCUUGAUGGGCUAUUUGCAUGAGUUCCGAGGGAUAACUGGUCCUCACAUGGUUGUUGCCCCGAAGUCUACACUCGGCAAUUGGAUGAAUGAAAUCAAAAGGUUUUGUCCGGUGUUACGUGCUGUAAAGUUUCUUGGAAAUCCUGAUGAAAGAAGGUAUAUACGCGAGGAGUUACUAGUGGCUGGCAAGUUUGAUGUUUGUGUUACUAGUUUUGAAAUGGCAAUCAAAGAGAAGACCGCAUUGCGCCGAUUCAGCUGGCGCUAUAUUAUCAUUGAUGAAGCACAUCGCAUCAAGAAUGAGAAUUCACUUCUCUCGAAAACGAUGAGGCUUUAUAAUACAAACUAUAGGCUUCUAAUUACUGGAACACCUCUUCAGAACAAUCUUCAUGAACUCUGGGCUCUCCUUAACUUUUUGCUUCCGGAGAUAUUUAGUUCUGCUGAGACUUUUGACGAAUGGUUCCAAAUUUCUGGUGAAAAUGAUCAGCAGGAAGUUGUCCAGCAGCUUCACAAGGUUCUUCGGCCCUUCCUUCUCAGAAGAUUGAAGUCUGAUGUUGAGAAAGGUUUACCUCCUAAGAAGGAAACAAUACUUAAAGUUGGCAUGUCUCAGAUGCAAAAGCAAUACUAUAGGGCACUGCUGCAGAAAGAUCUUGAGGUUGUAAAUGCUGGUGGAGAGCGGAAACGCCUCCUUAAUAUAGCCAUGCAACUGCGAAAAUGUUGUAAUCAUCCAUAUUUAUUUCAAGGUGCUGAACCUGGGCCACCGUAUACCACUGGAGAACAUCUAAUAGAAAAUGCUGGCAAGAUGGUUCUUCUUGACAAGUUGCUUCCAAAAUUGAAGGAGCGCGAUUCCAGAGUUUUAAUAUUUUCACAGAUGACAAGGCUACUGGACAUACUUGAAGACUACUUGAUGUACCGUGGAUACUACUAUUGUCGAAUUGAUGGAAAUACUGGUGGGGAAGAUCGUGAUGCUUCAAUUGAAGCCUUCAACAAGCCUGGAAGUGAGAAGUUUGUUUUUCUACUGUCAACCAGAGCUGGAGGUCUUGGUAUCAACCUUGCCACUGCAGAUGUUGUCAUUCUUUACGACAGUGACUGGAACCCACAGGUUGAUUUGCAGGCCCAAGAUCGAGCGCAUAGGAUUGGACAGAAGAAGGAAGUACAAGUAUUCCGGUUUUGUACUGAGUACACUAUUGAAGAAAAAGUGAUUGAAAGGGCUUACAAAAAGCUUGCCCUUGAUGCCUUGGUUAUCCAACAAGGGCGGCUAGCUGAGCAAAAGACUGUUAAUAAGGAUGAACUGCUGCAAAUGGUAAGGUUUGGUGCUGAAAUGGUUUUCAGCUCCAAAGAUAGCACAAUCACGGAUGAAGAUAUAGAUAGGAUCAUUGCCAAGGGAGAAGAGGCAACAGCUGAACUAGAUGCUAAGAUGAAGAAAUUUACUGAAGACGCUAUUAAAUUCAAAAUGGAUGACAAUGCUGACUUGUAUGAUUUUGAUGAUGAAAAGGAUGAAAAUAAGCUUGAUUUCAAGAAAAUAGUCAGUGACAAUUGGAUUGAACCACCAAGAAGAGAAAGGAAACGCAAUUACUCUGAAUCAGAGUACUUCAAGCAGACAAUGCGACAAAGUGGUCCUGCACGACCAAAAGAACCUCGAAUUCCUCGCAUGCCGCAGUUACAUGAUUUCCAGUUCUUCAACACACAGCGCCUCACUGAGCUCUAUGAAAAAGAAGUGCGCUAUCUUAUGCAAACGAACCAAAGGAAUCAAGUUAAGGACACUAUAGAGGUGGAAGAACCAGAAGAGGUAGGAGACCCAUUGACUGCUGAGGAGCAGGAAGAGAAGGAGCAACUUCUGGAAGAGGGGUUCUCAACAUGGAGCAGAAGAGAUUUUAAUACCUUCAUCAGGGCAUGUGAAAAGUAUGGUCGAAAUGAUAUCAGGAGUAUUGCUUCUGAAAUGGAGGGGAAGACAUUGGACGAGGUGGAAAGAUAUGCAAAGGCCUUCAAAGAAAGAUACAAAGAGUUGAAUGAUUACGAUAGAAUAAUUAAAAACAUUGAGAGAGGAGAGGCCAGAAUUUCGCGAAAAGAUGAGAUCAUGAAAGCUAUUGGGAAGAAAUUGGACCGCUAUAAGAACCCUUGGCUGGAAUUAAAAAUCCAGUAUGGCCAGAACAAAGGGAAGUUGUACAAUGAAGAAUGUGACCGCUUUAUGAUAUGCAUGGUCCACAAGCUUGGAUAUGGUAACUGGGACGAGCUGAAGGCAGCAUUUCGUACUUCACCUUUGUUUCGCUUUGAUUGGUUCGUAAAGUCCCGUACAACUCAAGAGCUUGCAAGGAGAUGCGAUACGCUAAUACGGUUGGUGGAGAGAGAAAACCAAGAAUAUGACGAGAGGGAGAGACAGGCACGCAAAGAGAAAAAGCUAGCAAAGAAUGCGACCCCAUCAAAGCGUGCUGCUGUUAGACAAGCUGCCGAGAGCCCUCCAUCCACCCAGAAAAAACGGAAACAACUUUUGAUGGAUGACUAUGUUAGUUCGGGAAAGAAGAGGAAAUGA